GAGGAUACUGAUUUAAAAGAAGGUCAUUUCAUCAUUCCACCCCAUAUCCUACUUUAUGCAAAAUAAUGGCCCUAACUCUAACUCUAAUCAUGUUUCUUCUCAUUGUUGUUUCACAAACCAUGGUGUACAUGAUCCCAUGUACACUUGGUCUUGCUUUGAUGAAUUCAGAGAGUGAUAAGCUGGCUUUACUUGCUUUGAAGCAAAAGCUUACCAAUGGCAUGCCUGAUGCUCUUCCAUCAUGGAACCAGUCUUUGCAUUUCUGUGAGUGGCAGGGUGUUACAUGCUGUCAACGCCACGUGAGAGUUUCUGUCUUGCACUUGGAAAAUCAAAACUGGGGUGGUACUCUUGGACCAUCCUUGUCAAAUCUAACCUUCCUCAGAAUGCUUAUUCUUUCCAACAUCGACUUGCAUGGUGAAAUUCCCACUCAAGUUGGUCGACUAAAGAGAUUGCAGGUUCUUGACUUGAGCCACAACAAUCUCCAUGGUGAGAUUCCCAUUAAUCUUAAUAACUGCUCUAAUCUUGAGGUAAUUAACUUGUUGUACAAUAAACUCACUGGAAAAGUUCCAUCAUGGUUUGGAAUUGGAUCUAUGGCACGGCUUACUAAGUUGCUUCUUGGUGCUAAUGAUCUAGUUGGAACUAUUCCACCUACCUUGGGGAAUCUUUCAUCCCUCCAAAAUAUCACACUUGCAAGAAAUCAUUUAGAAGGAAGUAUACCUCAUGUUUUGGGUCGGUUAUCAAAUUUGAAAGAGUUGAAUCUUGGUUUAAAUAGUUUGUCAGGAGUAGUCCCUGAUUCUCUCUACAACCUUUCGAAUAUUCAAAUUUUUGUUUUAGGGAAAAACCAGUUAGGUGGUACUCUUCCAUCAAAUAUGCAACUUGCUUUUCCAAAUCUUCGAGUAUUCUUGGUUGGAUGGAACAACUUCAAUGGAACUUUCCCAUAUUCAAUAUCCAACAUCAGCGGAUUACAAGUGUUUGAUAUAUCCUCAAAUGGUUUUAAUGGGCCAAUUCCACCCACUUUGGGAAGCUUAAAUAAACUCAAGAGGUUUAACAUUGCAUAUAAUAGUUUUGGAGGUGGGAGAGCUCAGGAUUUGGACUUCCUUUCCUCAUUAACCAAUUGCACUGAAUUGCACAUACUUAUUUUGGAGAGCAAUGAAUUUGGUGGCGUGUUGCCAGAUCUUAUUGGCAAUUUUUCUAUCCAUCUCACUUGGCUUAGUAUGGGGAUAAAUCAAAUAUCUGGAAUGAUACCUGAAGGAAUUGGACAGCUAAUCAGUUUAACUAACUUCAUUAUGAUAGAUAAUUACCUAGAAGGAACUAUUCCAGAUUCAAUUGGGAAGCUUAAAAAUCUAGUAAGACUUGCCCUGCAAGGAAACAAAUUCUCUGGUAAUAUUCCUAUAGCCAUUGGCAAUCUUACUAUGUUGUCUGAACUUUAUCUGCACACCAAUGAACUUGAAGGAAGGAUUCCAUUAAGCCUCAAAUACUGCACCCGCAUGCAGUCAUUUGGUGUUUCUGACAACAACUUGAGUGGUGAUAUCCCUAAUCGAACAUUUGGCAAUCAAGAAGGUUUGAUAAAUCUUGACUUAUCCAACAACUCUUUCACUGGCUCCAUUCCUUUGGAGUUUGGAAACUUGAAGCACCUAUCCAUAUUAUAUCUAUUCGAAAACAAGUUAUCAGGUGAAAUUCCCCCACAACUUAGUGCAUGUUCUGCAUUAACAGAGCUCGUGCUGGAGAAAAACUUCUUCAGUGGAAGCAUAUCCUCAUUCUUGGGCUCUUUAAUAUCCCUCGAAAUCCUAGACCUUUCUAACAACAACUUCUCAAGCACAAUCCCUGGGGAACUACAAAAUCUGACUUAUUUGAAUACAUUGAACCUGUCUUUUAACCAUCUUUACGGUGAGGUUCCUAUAGGAGGUGUCUUUAGUAAUGUCAAAAAUUUCUCACUCGUUGGAAAUAAGGAUCUCUGUGGAGGGAUACCACAACUGAAGCUCCCAACAUGUUCUAGGUUGCUCUCAAUAAAACACAAGUGGUCUCUUAGAAAGAAACUUAUCCUCAUCAUUGUAAUUGGAGUUGGAGGGGGUUUGGUCAUUUUCAUAAUAUUUAUCAGCAUCUGUUUGUUCAGGAAAAAGCCCCAAACAUUAUCUUCAUCACAGUCUCGGCAAAAUAUGUACAUAAAGGUUUCUUAUGGAGAGCUGCAUGAAGCAACCAAUGGAUUUUGUUCAUCCAAUUUAGUAGGCGCUGGAAGCUUUGGUUCUGUAUACAAAGGAUAUCUUCUCCAUUUUGAAAGACCUGUUGCGGUAAAGGUGUUGAAUCUUGAAACUUGUGGAGCAUCAAAGAGUUUCACAGCUGAAUGCAAGGCUCUGGGAAAGAUCAGACAUCAAAAUGUUGUCAACAUCCUGACUUAUUGUACAGGUAUUGAUCAUAAUGGGGAUGAUUUCAAGGCUAUAGUUUUAGAAUUCAUGCCUGAGGGGAGCCUAGAAAGUUUGCUGCACAGCGACGAAGAGCUUGAGUCUAGAAACUUCAAUCUCAACCUUCAACAGAGGAUAAAUAUUGCUCUUGAUGUUGCUAAUGCAUUGGAUUAUCUUCAUCGUGGUUCUGAGCAAGCUGUUGUUCACUGUGAUAUUAAGCCAAGCAAUGUUCUUCUUGAUGAUGACAUUGUUGCCCACUUGGGAGAUUUUGGGUUAGCAAGGCUUCUUAAUGUAGUCACGGGACAUUCCAGCAGAGAUCAGACUAGUUCGUAUGCAAUUAGAGGAACCAUUGGAUAUGUUCCCCCAGAGUAUGGAGCGGGUGUGCAUGUAUCAGCAAAAGGAGAUAUCUACAGCUACGGAAUUCUUGUGUUGGAGAUGCUGACCGGAAAGAAACCAACGGAUAACAUGUUUGGUGAGGGUCUAAGCCUACACAAAUUCUGUGAGAAUGCAAUUCCAGAUAGAAUUAUAGAGAUAGUAGAUUCACGUUUGCUUGUGUCCAGUGCUGAAGAGGGAACAAGGGUCAUGGAAAGAACCAUUGGGGAGUGUUUGGUGUCCUUUGCUAGGAUUGGAGUUGCAUGUGCCGCAGAAUUGCCCAAUCAGCGAAUGGACAUAAAAGAUGUGAUAGUGGAGUUGCAAGCAAUCAAACGGAAGCUACCUUAAUUUGUUAACAUUUUUGUGUUAACAAAUUAAGGGGUUUGCCUGUAAGGUGAUUAACUCUUGCAUCCAUCACUUGAACUGCUUCGAUUCUACUUAGCCUACUUAGUGAAUAGUGGUCUUUGUUGACUAGUAGUAACCACAUGAACGUAUCUCUUGAGUGAAAGUGAUGAGAAAAUAAUAUUAUCAUAUGCAUAAUGCAUGAGGAAUAAAGAAAAAGGGUGGGAAGAAAAAAGACCUUUUGGGCAAAAAGAAAAUAUUAAUCAUAAGUAGUUUUCUAUGUUUUUCCACCUUCUCUACAGUGUCUUAUUCUAGACAUGGAUUAAAGUUUAGUCUAAAAUAUGUGUUUAAUCCAUUUUUUUUAAACAUAUCCGGUGGCAUGAUUAAUAUUUUUAGGUAUUGAGAUUUAUU